GCUCGGCAGUGAGCUCAGCAUAUAUUUACUACACCGUAAUCCGUAACGUGUACACGUGUGUCGUGUUGUGCUGACUAUCAUUGUGUAAAGUCGUAAUUUUACGAUAAAAUAGUGUUCACAAGUCGCUAGCAAAAAGUAAUUCUUGCAGUAAACAAGCGUUGAAAAAUUAUACCCGUAAAAGUUGGUUCAAUCAAGGAAUAUAGAGUUGUCUAUACAUGACAUAUAACUGUGAAUAUUUCCUCGGUGCAUAUCAGAGAAAACUCGCAGUGAACAUAUAAAAUAACGAGCAAUGGAAAACCACCAGAACAAUAUCAGCGUGAAGGAGGAGCAAAAUGUAGGUGAUGAUUAUAAUUUCUUCUCAACUGAAACUUAUGAAUCUAGAAGCUUUGAAUCAUAUGAUAAAUUAUCAAAAAAUCAAAAGAAAGAGCCCACAGACGAAAGAGAUUUUGAAGUUGUUGAACCUGAUCUGGACUCUAUAAAAGAGGAAAACUGCAACAUUGAAACUAAUAAUCAAUGUAACCCAUCUAUUGCGACAACAGGAAACGAAGAUCAGUCUAAUUACUUAAACAAUAAAAAGCUGAUUAUUUCAAUUAAAAAAGGAUUCAAUUAUGAAAAAAAUUGCCAGUUUCAAGAAUUUAAAAUUAACGAAACCAAGGAGGCAAAAAUAUUGGAAAAAACUAUUCAAACUAAAUUACUUCAAAAACGUAAUUUGUGUCAAAAAAAUGUUAAAGGAAAAGAUAAGAGCAUCAAACCAUGUAAAUGUGAAAUUUGUCAUAAAUCAUUUAAAUUCCAAAGUCAGCUAAAAUUUCAUGUUAACGCAGCACACAUCAAACCCUUUAAGUGUGAGAUGUGUAAUAAGGCAUUUGGAGAUCAGUAUACACUUGGAAGGCACAUGAUGUCAAUACAUAAACAGAAAGAACCCUUCAAAUGUGACAUUUGCCACAAAACGUAUGGACAAGAAAGUCAUCUCAAAGACCAUAUAAGGGUAGUACAUAAACGUAUGAAAGCCUUCGAAUGUGAAAUUUGUCACAAAUCAUUUGGAUACGCGAGUGAUUUCAAGAAACAUAUAAAUGGAGUACAUGGACGUAGCAAACCCUUUGAAUGUGAGAUUUGUCACAAAUCAUUUGGAUACCCGAGUGACCUCAAGAGUCACACAAAUACAGUACAUGAUAAAAUCAAAUCCUUCGAAUGUGAAAUUUGUCACAAAUCAUAUGCCUACCGGCGAAGCUUAUUUCUUCAUAAAAACGCAGUACAUGAUCGUAGUCAAAUUUUUCAGUGCGAUUUUUGUGACAAGUCGUUUGCACAAAAAGGUCACCUCAAAAUUCACGUGGAUGCCGUGCAUAAUCGAAGAAAACCCCACGAAUGUGAAAUUUGUCACGAAUCAUUUGGGUACCCAAAUCUACUGAAAACGCAUAUGAAGCGAGUACAUGAAGGAGUAAUCGAAUCUUUCGAGUGUGAGAUUUGUCAUAAAUCAUACAAUCGCAAGGAUCACCUCAAAGUACACAUGAAUGCAGUACAUAAUCAAAUCAAACUAUUUCAAUGUGAGACUUGUCAUGAAUCAUUCUGGCUCAAGAGUCGACUCGAUGAUCACAUGAAGACACAUAAAGGUAUCAAACCCUUCAAGUGUGAAUUGUGUAACAAGUCAUUAUCAAGGAAGAGUAAACUCACAGAUCACAUAAAUAUAGUACACGAUCGAAUCAAACCAUUCAAAUGUGAGACUUGUCACAAAUCAUUUGGAAAAAAUUAUCGACUCCAAUCUCACAUAAAAAUAGUACACAAUGGCGACAAACAACAUAAAUGUGAGAUUUGUCCCAAGUCAUAUGCUUAUUUAAGUGACCUGAAAUCGCACAUAAGUGUAGUACAUAAUCAUACCAAAGCCUACGAGUGCGAUAUCUGUCACAAAUCAUUUGGCUGGAGAGGUCACCUUAGAAGUCACAUACUUGCAGUACACGGUAAUAACGGCACACCGUACAUCACGAAGGUACAUGAUAAAGUGGUGACCGAGAAAGUUGAGAUUUCUUCGUAGACAUUUGUACAUAAUGGAGACUUAGCAAUAUGUAAUAUAAAAUACGUAAUUUAAAAAAA